CGGCUCAGCUGCUGCUGCUGUAGAGGGAAGGGAAGGGAAGCGGAGUGGCCUUCGUGAUGGACGUGCAAGUGGCGCCGCUCCGCUCCUGGGACGACUUCAUCCCGGGCCACGACCGCUUCGCCGUCCCGGACUUCAAAGACAUCUCCAAAUGGAACAACCGCGUGGUCAGCAAUUUCCUCUAUUACCAGACCAACUACCUGGUGGUGGCCGCCACCGUGAUCUCCAUUGUGGGAUUUCUGAAUCCACUGAGCAUGGUCCUUGGUGCUGCCGUGGUGGUCCUGGUGUUCCUGGCGUUUGUGUGGGCAUCUCACAACAAAGACUUCAUUCGCAAGUUUAAGAAGCACUACCCCUUUGCCUUUGUCAUCGCUAUUAUUCUGUUGAGCUACUUCCUGAUAUCCUUUUUUGGAGGCGUCAUGGUCUUCAUGUUUGGGAUCACAUUUCCCCUGUUCUUGAUGUUUGUUCAUGCUUCCUUGAGGCUUCGGAACAUAAAGAACAAACUGGAGAACAAGAUGGAAGACAUUGGCUUGAAGAAGACUCCGAUGGGCAUCAUCCUGGACCUUCUUGAACAGCAAGAAGAAGGUUUCACCAAGCUGGCUGACUACCUGGCUAAAGCGAAAGAAUAAAUAUGCAUGCUGCUUGUUGUUCUUAGCUUGGGGAAGUAUUUGGUCACGUCCAACAUCACUUUUCAGUCUGUGGGUGUAAUGAUACACAGACCGCAAAGCUGACAUGUGGCAAAAUGACAUCUCAUUAACUUUUGGGGGCUCCUCUGAGCAAAGUGGGAAAAAAGGCAUUAUAACAAGGUGUAACAUGCUGAGGUAUUUGAUACACAAAUGCAUUUGAUAGUUCAGAGCACUUAUUUGUUUUCCAAGGGAUGGGAGAAGGGAUGGACAACAUGGAAUGCCUUCUCCAAAACUAUUUAUAUUUUGGUGUUUUUUUUCAGAAGUCUGUAUUUUAUGAAAACACUUCAAAUGCAAAAAGCACUUUUUUUAUCCUCCAUGUAAUCAGGAUGGCAUCACACUGACCCCAAACUAAUAUGAAUUAGGCUAGAGAAUAUAUGUUGGAGCAACGAUAGCUCUUGGCUCCCAGGUUGAGUAGUUGUUGGAUCUAGUUUGGAUUUUAGUCUGAAUUUUAAAGGAGUUAGCUAAGGUGCUGAACCUUAUCCCACAAAUUGAUUCCAAACCUUGUAUAGCUCAGUUGAAAUUCAGAGUAAAGUCUGGUGUCAUUGCAGACCCUCCAGCCCCCGUUGCAUCUUAAUGAACCCCUUGAGUGGUCUAUAUUUUCAAAAUGAGAAGUAGAGAAUCUCAGUUUAGCCAUAGGACAUGUAUAUUUUGUUGUGAUAAAUCUGGAUUUUUUCUCCUGUUUACCAACAAACCUUUAUUUUUUGCACAAAACUUCAAGUCUGCAUAGAUAACAUCUAGCAAACAGACAUUCCUUCAGUAAACGUAUGGAGAGUGAUCAUAUUUAAGGGUCAAGUCGUAUAACAAGACGAACGUAAUUUUCUCUGCAUGCCACAUUCAACUGCUCUACAUGCUUUAAUAUAUAUAUAUAUAAUAGUUAUGUACGUAUUUAACUUUGCAAAGCUUGGGAUCUGCUGUUCAAUUUAAUUAUGGAUCUUAACAGUAUUUGUUUAGUCCACCGUGAUAAAUAUAUAUAUUUUAAAGAAAAAUGAACUGGAAAAUAUAAUGUUAAUUUUUGAUGUCAUCUCAUACUGACAUUUGGGGCUAUCCAGGCAUUCUUCUCCUGUCUCAAAGGGUAUGAAACAGUGCAAGAUAUCUUCAUGCAUCAUAUGUUAAGCACCUCCAUUUUUUCCUCCAAAUGCCUGUUGCACAUAAUUUCAGUGGAAUUAAAUUUCAUGUAAGAAAAAUAGGCAAAUCCACACCGCAUAUCACACACUCCCUAUUUUUCCUUUUUCUGUAUUUUUCUCCAUAGAUUUAAGUUGUUACAGUGGCAGAGAAUAUGUGGCCUUCCAGAAGUGUUUGGACUGCAUGUCUCAUCAGUGUUAGCCUGCGUACCUGACCAGAAGGGAUAAUGAGAGUUGCAGUUCAACUUCAUCUGCAAAGUCAUAUUCUCCCUAGCCUUCUAUUGUUUAGGUAGUAAAUAUUCUCAGGUUCCCCUUCACAAACCAUGAACUUUUUUUUCCCUUUUUGAACUGAGAGUUGUAACAUCUCAUUCCAUAUUUUACUGUUAAAUGAUUGAUAUUUUGUUGGAAUUAUGUCUCUAGAUUCCAGGAUUAAAGAUAAAUAAACUGGU